GCUCCCCCGCCGGCGGCGCGGCCGGCGCUCCCCCUUCCUCCCUCUCCUUCCCUCUCGCAGCAAUGGCGGCGACGGAGCAGGAGCAGUUCUACGCCCUCCUCGGCAACCUCCUCAGCCCGGACAAUGCGGUCCGCAAGCAGGCCGAGGAGACCUACGAGACUAUUCCAGGCCCAUCAAAGAUCACUUACCUCCUGCAGGCAAUCAGGAACAAUGCUACUCCCGAGGAGGCUCGGCAGAUGGCAGCUGUCCUUCUGCGCCGCCUGUUGUCAUCUGCAUUUGAAGAAGUUUAUCCAGCUCUGUCACCUGAGGAUCAGACAUCAGUCAAGAGUGAAUUGCUGCUCUUUAUCCAGUUAGAAGGGCAGUCCACUAUGAGGAAGAAAAUAUGUGACAUAGUCGCUGAAUUGGCCAGGAAUUUAAUAGAUGAAGAUGGCAACAACCAGUGGCCAGAAGUUCUGAAAUUCUUAUUUGACUCUGUCAGCUCUCAGAAUGUGGGACUGCGUGAGGCUGCUCUACAUAUUUUCUGGAAUUUUCCUGGGAUUUUUGGGAAUCAACAGCAGCACUAUUUGGAUGUCAUUAAGAGAAUGCUGGUUCAGUGUAUGCAAGAUCAGGAACAUCCCUCAAUCAAGACUUUGUCUGCUAGAGCUGCAGCUGCGUUUGUGCUUGCUAAUGAGCUCAAUGCUCCCCUUCUUAAACAUUUUGCAGACUUGCUGCCUGGAAUCUUGCAGGCUCUAAAUGAUUCCUGCUACCAAAAUGAUGAUUCUGUUCUGAAAUCCCUUGUAGAAAUUGCAGAUUCUGUUCCCAAGUAUUUACGACCACAUUUAGAAGCUACUUUGCAGCUAACUCUGAAGUUGUGUGCAGAUGCCAGUCUCAGUAACAUGCAGCGUCAGUUGGCACUUGAAGUAAUUGUGGCCUUGUCAGAAACUGCUGCUGCUAUGCUGAGGAGGCAUACAAAUAUUAUUGCACAAGCCAUUCCUCAGAUGUUAGCAAUGAUGGUUGACUUGGAAGAAGAUGAAGAUUGGGCAAAUGCAGAUGAGCUUGCAGAUGAUGAUUUUGACAGCAAUGCGGUGGCUGGUGAGAGUGCACUGGACAGGAUGGCAUGUGGCCUUGGAGGGAAACUUGUUUUGCCAAUGAUUAAAGAACAUAUUAUGCAAAUGCUUCAGAAUCCUGACUGGAAGUACAGGCAUGCUGGCUUGAUGGCACUCUCUGCCAUUGGAGAAGGUUGCCACCAACAGAUGGAGGGAAUUUUAAAUGAAAUAGUUAAUUUCGUUUUGCUAUUCCUUCAGGAUCCUCAUCCCAGAGUAAGAUACGCCGCUUGUAACGCUGUUGGACAAAUGGCAACGGACUUUGCACCCGGGUUUCAAAAGAAAUUUCAUGAGAAGGUGAUAGGAGCUCUUCUACAAACCAUGGAGGAUCAAGGCAGCCAACGUGUUCAAGCCCAUGCAGCUGCAGCACUCAUAAACUUCACUGAAGAUUGUCCCAAGUCACUGCUUAUUCCAUAUUUGGAUAAUCUAGUGAAGCAUCUUCAUUCCAUUAUGGUGAUAAAAUUGCAAGAGUUGAUACAGAAAGGCACUAAGCUAGUUCUGGAGCAAGUUGUGACUUCAAUUGCAUCAGUUGCAGAUACAGUGGAGGAGAAGUUUGUUCCCUACUAUGAUUUAUUUAUGCCCUCCCUAAAACACAUUGUUGAAAAUGCUGUUCAGAAGGAAUUAAGACUUUUGCGAGGAAAGACUAUUGAAUGCAUCAGUCUAAUUGGUCUUGCUGUUGGCAAAGAAAAGUUUAUGCAGGAUGCAUCAGAUGUUAUGCAGCUGUUAUUGAAGACACAAACAGACUUCAGUGAUCUAGAAGAUGAUGAUCCACAGAUUUCUUACAUGAUCUCUGCUUGGGCCAGAAUGUGUAAAAUUCUUGGAAAGGAAUUUCAGCAGUACCUUCCUGUUGUCAUGGGACCUUUAAUGAAGACUGCAUCCAUUAAACCUGAAGUUGCUCUUUUAGACACACAAGAUAUGGAGAAUAUGAGCGAUGAUGAUGGUUGGGAAUUUGUAAGCAUAGGUGAUCAGCAGAGUUUUGGAAUUAAAACUGCAGGCCUUGAAGAAAAAGCAACUGCAUGCCAAAUGCUGGUUUGCUAUGCAAAAGAGCUAAAAGAAGGAUUUGUGGAAUAUACAGAGCAAGUUGUAAAGCUGAUGGUUCCAUUGUUGAAAUUCUAUUUCCAUGAUGGUGUCCGAGUGGCAGCCGCAGAGUCGAUGCCCCUCCUGCUUGAGUGUGCCAGAGUUCGUGGGCCCGAGUACCUCACACAGAUGUGGCACUUCAUGUGUGAUGCUCUCAUCAAAGCCAUUGGGACAGAGCCAGAGUCUGAUGUCCUCUCAGAAAUAAUGCAUUCUUUUGCAAAGUGCAUUGAGGUAAUGGGAGAUGGAUGCCUUAACAACGAACACUUUGAAGAACUUGGAGGAAUACUGAAAGAAAAACUAGAAGAGCACUUUAAAAAUCAAGAAUUAAGACAGGUGAAAAGACAAGAUGAAGACUAUGAUGAGCAAGUGGAAGAGUCAUUACAAGAUGAAGAUGACAGUGAUGUUUAUAUUUUGACUAAAGUGUCGGAUAUUUUGCACUCAAUAUUCAGUAGUUACAAGGAGAAGGUACUGCCAUGGUUUGAAAGGUUACUUCCACUAAUUGUCAACCUAAUUUGUCCCCAUCGGCCGUGGCCGGACCGGCAGUGGGGGCUGUGCAUCUUUGACGACGUGGUGGAGCACUGCAGCCCCUCGUCCUUCAAGUACGCCGAGUACUUCCUGCGGCCCAUGCUGGAGGCGGUGUGUGACAGCAGCCCCGAGGUGCGGCAGGCCGCUGCCUACGGCGUGGGAGUCAUCGCGCAGUUCGGCGGCGACAGCUACCGGCCCGUCUGCCCAGAGGCACUUCCAUUGCUGGUGAGAGUCAUUCAGUCACCAGAUGCCAAAGCCAAAGAGAAUGUGAAUGCAACAGAAAACUGCAUUUCAGCAAUAGGAAAGAUAAUGAAGUUCAAGCCUGACUGUAUAAACGUUGAAGAAGUCCUUCCACACUGGUUAUCAUGGCUUCCACUUCAUGAAGACAAAGAAGAAGCUGUUCAUACUUUCAAUUAUCUGUGUGACUUACUUGAGAGCAAUAACCCAAUUGUCCUGGGUCCCAACAAUUCCAACCUUCCCAGAAUACUGGGGAUAAUUGCGGAUGGUGAAAUCCACGAAGCUAUCAAACACGAAGAUCCGUGCACCAAGCGGCUGGCUAACGUUGUCCGCCAAGUGCAGACAUCCGGAGGACUGUGGACAGAAUGCAUAUCACAGCUCAAUGCAGAUCAACAGGCAGCCAUACAGGAGCUCCUGAACUCUGCUUGAAGGGCCUUAAUUAUCAUCUGCAAGAAAACUAACUCCAAAUAAACGUUUACCCUAUUGUUUAGGUUUCUUUUGUUUCUUUUCCGAGUAAAACCAGAACUGUAGUGCGUGUAGGCCAUUCUGCAACCUCCAGGCAGUGGCAGCAGGAAGAAUCAUUCUUUCAGAACGGUGUUUAAAUCGGUUUCUAUCCCACAACAUGAAAGAAGUUUCCUGUAAACCCUACAAUAGCACUGAAGAGUAUUUUUCUAACGGUAUCAGCCAUCCAUACGAUGGUGAAAGGGAAACAAGUUGAAUUUUCUCAUUAGACAUAAGACCUUCAGCAGUAGAUGUACGUUAUAACAGAUAAACGUUUCUCUACAUCUAGUGUUAAUUGUAUGAAUUGGAGUGUGAGUCUUUGUAGGGUAGGAACUGUCCUUCUGCCCAACAAGGUAGUAGAUCAAAAGAUGAAAAACUGAAGACAAACAUGGAGCAUGAAGACCUCAUUGAUCGCACUUUUGAUUCCCAAAAACAACUUGUACAGUGACUCAAUGAGGAAAGCUGUUCAGCUUCCAGCCCUUGAAUGUGAAGUCUCUUUGGCAUGUCUGACAGUCUCUCAUUCACUCCUCAAUAAAUGACAUUGAAACACAAGAA